GAGAAGCCCUGGAGGGGCUGCUUGGUCCGACAGUCCCCAGAGGCUGAGUCAGGGCGCUACCGUGACAUGCCGCGGAGCCCCCGGACCGCGCCGAGCUGGGCGCUGCUGCUGCGGUUGCUGGCGCUGCUUCGGCCGCCGGGGCUGGGCGAGGCGUGCAGCUGCGCCCCCGCGCACCCCCAGCAGCACGUCUGCCACUCGGCGCUAGCGAUCCGGGCCAAAAUCUCCAGUGAGAAGGUAGUUCCUGCCAGUGCAGACCCUGGUGACACUCAAAAAAUGAUCCGGUAUGAAAUCAAACAGAUAAAGAUGUUCAAAGGGUUUGAGAAAGUCAACAAUAUUCAGUAUAUCUAUACACCUUUUGAUUCUUCCCUCUGUGGGGUGAAACUAGAAGCUAACAGCCAGAAGCAGUAUCUCCUGACUGGUCAGAUCCUCAGUGAUGGGAAAGUCUUCAUCCACCUGUGCAACUACAUCGAGCCCUGGGAGAACCUGUCCUUUUUGCAGAGAGAAAGUCUGAAUCACCACUACCAUCUGAACUGUGGCUGCCGAAUCACCACCUGCUAUACGGUGCCCUGUACCAUCUCGGCUCCCAACGAGUGCCUCUGGACAGACUGGCUAUUGGAACGGAAGCUCUAUGGGUACCAGGCCCGGCACUAUGUCUGCAUGAAGCAUGUUGAUGGCACCUGCAGCUGGUACCAGGGACGCCUGCCCCUCAGGAAGGAGUUUGUUGAUAUCAUCCAGCCCUAGGAGGGACCACCACAUACCUUCAAGAAUCCUGAAAACCAAGUCAUUUUCCUUCCCUCAGAGCUCUGGCUGUCACCACCUGCCUCAUCGCUGCCAGACAAUGGGAAGUAACAAGUGGGUGGUCUGGCCAGCAUUAGGGCAGGGAUGGGGCAUAUUACAGCUUGUGUCCAAGACCCCAGUCCAGAACCUGUCAAGGGCUAGGGAAAGUAGCAUGACUGUUCUCUCCUGUCCUCAGCCCUUCAUCCCUGCCUCCCAAACCCUUUUAGCUGAACUGGUAUUUGUUAUUGAUUCUGGCUUAGUUUCUUUUCCAAAGCUAGGACUAUUCCUUUUUCUCCCCCGAUAAAUGUGCUUUCUUUUUGUCUUAACUGAUCUGACAGGGGAGAGAUGGUGACUAUUAUACACAUGAGACGGUGUGGCGGCCUUGUGAUGUACAAGAGCAGAAGGUGGCUUGACAGUAUCAUAAACAGGCUGAUGUGGAGAAAUGGAAAGAACAACAUC